AUGUGUGACAUGAGCGCUCUGGAUAACCUGGUGGCCAACACGGCUUACCUGAAAGCUCAAGGCGGAGACGAGAAGGAGCUGAGGAAAAGACGCCAGAGUCUGGCUCUUCCCAAACCGGGCAACUGCGAGACCGUCAGAGUCUCCGUGGGGCAGGACUUUGAGUCGCUGUGUGAACUGCAGCCCAUCGGGAAGAAGCUGUUCCGACUGUAUCUGACCGAGACGCCCGAGUACGCCGUCGCCGCCCUAUUCCUGGACGAGCUGAACGACUGGGAGCUGGCUGAAGGAGCUGCCAAGGACAAAGCGUGCACCAACAUCAUCAACCAGUUCUGCAAGGAAGGAUCCACCAGCUUCCUGUCCUUCCUGAGCGGAGAAGCACUGGAGAAGUGCAAAGCCGUAACGGAGAAAGAUUUCAAAGUGGUGAUGACGGGAAAAGUGAGAGAGGCCGUCAGAGAUUUCCUCAAGGGCAAGCCGUUCACAGAGUACAUGCUGAGCCCGUUCUUCGACAAGUUCCUGCAGUGGAAGGAGUACGAGAAGCAGCCCAUCAACGAGAAAUACUUCUACGAGUUCAGGACGCUCGGGAAAGGAGGGUUUGGGGAGGUUUGUGCGGUGCAGGUGAAGAACACGGGUCAGAUGUAUGCCUGCAAGAAGCUGUGCAAGAAGCGUCUGAAGAAGAAGCAGGGGGAGAAAAUGGCUCUGCUGGAGAAGAAGCUCCUGGAGAAGGUGAACAGCCCAUUCAUCGUCAGCCUGGCGUAUGCCUACGAAACCAAAUCCCACCUGUGCUUGGUGAUGACGCUGAUGAACGGCGGCGACCUGAAAUACCACAUCUACAACAUCGGAGAGAAAGGCAUCGAGAUGAACCGGAUUGUUUACUACACCGCUCAGAUCACCACAGGCAUGCUGCACCUGCACACCAUGGACAUCGUGUAUCGAGACAUGAAGCCGGAGAACGUUCUCCUGGACAGCCAGGGGCAGUGCCGACUCUCUGACCUCGGCCUCGCCAUCGAGCUUCCUCCUGGAAAAACGUCCACUCAGAAGGCCGGGACCGGAGCGUACAUGGCUCCUGAGAUUCUGACUGACAUGCCAUACAGGACCUCGGUGGACUGGUGGUCUCUGGGGGUCAGUAUUUAUGAGAUGGUGGCUGGUCACACGCCGUUCAAGGGCCCCGAUGUCAAGAAAGAGAAAGUGGACAAAGACGAAGUAAAAAGGCGCAUCAUCAACGAAGAGCCCGUUUUUGAGCACAAAAACUUCGAUCCUCUCACCAAAGAUAUCAUCAUGCAGUUCCUGAAGAAGAAGACGGACGAACGACUCGGCUGCAAAGGUGACGACCCCCGGGAUCACGAAUGGUUCAAAUCUAUUAAUUUCCCCCGUUUAGAGGCAGGACUCAUCCCUCCACCGUGGCUUCCCAAACCCAACGUGGUCUACGCCAAAGACACCGGAGACAUCGCUGAGUUUUCCGACGUUAAAGGCAUCGAGUUCAACGCUAAGGAUGAAAAACUCUUUAAAGAGUUCAGCACUGGUGCCAUUUCCAUCCCCUGGCAGAAAGAGAUGAUCGACACCGGACUUUUCGACGAGCUGAACGACCCGCAAAGGAAAGAGUCUUCUGCUGGACUGGACCAGGACAAGAAAUCAGGCACAUGCACACUUCUGUAAAGUCAGACAUUACACAGGAGCGCUGUGAACACAGGAGCGCUGAAGAUCCUGAGCGAAAUGACUCCCUGGUCAGUUGUAGACAGGAGUGUGUGUUGUAAUGUUCCUCUCAGGCUGCGACAGUGAGCAUGUGUGUGUAUUUGUGUGUUUUGGGGAAUUUGAAACUGUUGGUUUUGUGCAGUAGUAAACCUUCUCACUGUGUGGGGCAGGUUAUUAUUUCAACCAAGCAGAUGCCACACCUGAGUUUACUGAAAGCCAAGAUCAGUUGAUUAUACAGGUGGAAUCAGGUGUGGCUUCUGCUUGAUUGGAAUGAAAACCCACACCGGCCCUUUGUGGAUAAGGCUGGACACCCCUGAUCUAAACUGAGAUGCUUCUAGAAGAGCAGUGUUUGAGUGCAGAUCUCCUCUAAGUGAAAGUAAUGUGAUUUACUGUAUGGUCAAAAACCACAGAGAACCACAGAGUCAGGGUUCAGUACUGAAACGUGAAUAUUCAGACCUCGGAAGCUCCAAUCAGAAGUUAUACAUGGGGGCGAAGUUUCAGUUACAUGGUCAUGUUUCAGGCGUGACUUAAGUCGAUAUAAAAUAUAUAAUAUUUCUGUUCCAUGGUGGUACCUAAAUGUGGUGCUACUUAAAUCAGAUAUUUAAGAAGGAGAAGAAAAGAAGAAACAGUUCAUUUGUUAUUAGAAAUGUUUCAUUGUAAAUAUCUAUUUCCAUAAGAGAGAUUUUUUAUUUUGAUUUUUUUCUUGUUUGUGAUGAAAUGAAAGAUGAUUUUGACAAAAGUGUGUAAAUGUUUAACCCUUUCAGUUCCUGUGUCCAUUGGAGUGGGUGAUACGUGUUUUUCUCUGUAAACCAGGUCAAUGAUUGGCUCCUAAUCGACCAAUUGCAAUCAACUUAUGACCCCUAACUUAAUAUGAGCAAGCUUCAUGAGUCACACAACACAGCCAUGGCUCAACAAGAGGAGGAGUUAGCACACUUUUCACCUUUAAAAUGAUAUUUUAUGUCCAUGGUAGCUUUAUCAAUUUGCAUUGUUUAUAAUUUUAACAGUAUCAAGUGAUAAUAUGUAAAGUCUAUCUAAGUUGUAGAGCACAGGAUUUUUUUAAAGUUUAAUGUCCAUCUCAGUGGACAGAAGGUCUUAAGAGUCAUCAUAAGGAAUAUCAUUGUUUUGUAUUAGUAUGGCAUGGUUGGGACAUCAUUUGUGGACAUAUUUUAUAGCUAAAAUUUGAUCUGAAAAUAUGUUUGUCAUUUUUAAAUUGCUAAUAUUAAUUUACUAUACAGUAAAUGAAAUUUCACAAAAAGAUGUUUUUGUGAAAUUUGACUGCGUUUACGUUAGUUAGCUAGUACUGACAUGUAACACUGGCAUAUUGUCAUGCUCAAAAUACAUACAGUAAAAUAAUACAACUUUUACUUACAGUUCCAUGAAGCAAUCAGUAUUACAAAAUAAAAUAAAAAAAAUGAUGAAUAUUGCUUUAGAAGAGAGAAUUUUUGCUUAGGAAAAUAACAGUGUGUGACUGAAGGGGCCAGGAGAAUCUACUUUGGCUCUGGAAUCAAACUUAUUGUUGAGACAACUAAGUGGCUAACAAAUAUUAGGAACAAUAUUUAGCAUUUUUAAGAUGUACAUUGACCUCCAGUUUUAGCAAUAAUGUUAAAAACUCUAAAACUAGUCUUUCAAAUUGGGAUUCAUGUAUUGUUGUUCACAAUACCUACAUAAAAAUCUAGCUGCUAGAUGUUGCACAUAAAAUUACACAAAAAGAGUAUAUAAUGUAAAAGUAAGGCAAAAUGCGUGGAAAAAAAAGUGGAGCAAUAAUAAUAAUUUUAAAAGAAAUUUCUUAUGUAAGAAUGUUUUUGCUCCUGGUCCAUAUAAUGUGUGACUGCUGGAUAUAAGAUAUUUGGCAAAACACACUACUGACAGUUAAAACAAGCAAGUUACUGAAAUUAAAUAUUGUAUAGUUUACAGUUAGAUCUUACUUAAAACUUUUAUUACAAAUGAUUCAAAAAGAAAAAAUAUCAAUUCCACUGAAUCUGAUGUCUCUCAAAAUUCAAUUAAUUAAUUCUUUGAAAAUUAAUUCUUUUAAAAUGCCUUUAAAAUGAUUUAUUCUAUAAACACACAACAAGAAUUUAGGAAUUACUGGAAAUAUUUGAGGUCACACUUCUUGCUCUGGGUUUGUGCAGUGUGUGUGUGUGACUAGCUCUGAUAAUUGGAAAAUACACUAUAUUGCCAAAAGUAUUCGCUCACCCAUCCAAAUAAUCAGAAUCAGGUGUUCCAAUCACUUCCAUGGCCACAGGUGUAUAAAAUCAAGCACCUAGGCAUGCAGACUGUUUUUACAAACAUUUGUGAAAGAAUGGGUCGCUCUCAGGAGCUCAGUGAAUUCCAGCGUGGAACUGUGAUAGGAUGCCACCUGUGCAACAAAUCCAGUCGUGAAAUUUCCUCGC